AUGUUGACUUUCUUCUUCCUGCUCAUCGCUGGAGCUGCCGCUCAAAUCACUCAGUAUAACCAGCAGGCAUUUCUGCAAGCGCUGGGCUUGGGUCCGCGAGGUUCAGGCCAGCAAGGCUUCGGAUCCAGCCUAGGCCAGUCUGGCUACGGUCAGCAAGGCUAUGGAUCUAGCCUCGGCCAAUCUGGAUACGGUCAGCAAGGCUUCGGAUCUACCCUUGGUCAAUCUGGCUACGGACAGCAAGGCUUGGGAUCUAGCCUCGGUCAAUCUGGAUACGGUCAGCAAGGCUAUGGGUCGAGCCUAGGCCAAUCUGGCUACGGUCAGCAAGGCUUCGGAUCCAGCCUCGGUCAAUCUGGCUAUGGUCAGCAAGGCUAUGGAUCUAGCUACGGACAGCAAGGCUUCGGAUCUGCCCUUGGUCAAUCUGGAUACGGACAGCAAGGCUUGGGAUCCAGCCUCGGCUACGGCUACGGAGCUAUCGACAGUGCGGCUCUCCUCGGCCUGCCUCUGCAGCAAGGCCUGAACCUCGGCCUUCUGUGUAAGUUCAUCUCAAACUCAACCCCACUUGCUUCCAUUUUUCAGCUCGCCAGUGUAACUACAACGAGACGUACAUGCAGUGCGCCACUUCGGCCGAGCAACGUUGCGACCAACAGGACAGCCAAGUCACCAGCAACGUCUUCUUCUGCCGCCCAGCCUCGUGCCAAUGCCAGGAAGGCUUUGUGAGGUCUUUCGACGGAACCAGAUGCGUUCUGCCCAACGACUGCCUUUCGACUUUGGCCAACUGUCUUCUGAUCAACAACGUCCGCACCUGCUUCCCAGGUAACUAUUUCCACAGAAAGGAGGCCUAACUUUUCAAAGAAAGUCAAAUAGGAGCUUGACCAGAGCCUAGAGCUUUGUGUGAAUUUAUGGAAGUCACUUUGAAUAUAAAUUACAGGCGUUCAAUGCCACGGCCGACUGUGUCCCUACGGUUGGCAGUGCAAGCGGCCGACAUUCUGCCUCGGUCAGCAGGAACUGUGUGCCCCGACUUGCAUUCCUGGCCCCGCCCAGAGCCAGAACUCCAACAGCAACUUUUUCAACCCAGCCAUCAACUUUGGAAAGAAAUAA